GAGCGUGGGUCCCGUUGCCCCAGAUUAUGUCCCCUCCCUAAGACAACAAUGUCAGCAUAAAGAUCAGACCAAAGUUGGAAACUGGGCUCAUCGAGACAGUGUCCUUCAUUUCACCAGAGAGGAAAGCGACCAUGGCUUUGGGCUAGGAAGAUCUGAGCCAACACAGUUUCCCAUGGCACGCACCAGCUUUAUCGACCACUCUAUGACCAAUGAGACCGCGAAACCAAAGCUUAAGAAUGGGGUCAAGAUUGGCGAAGGGGAUGGUACCGUGAGCUUGAUCUCGCUGGGUGCCAUGUGCGUAGAAGGCUGGCGACGAAAGAGGUGGAAUCCAGCUGGCAUCAAAGUCCCGCAUCAACCAGAAGCGUAUCAUUUCAGAGGUGGUGCCUCCUCUGGAGACCACAUUGACAUUCUCGGCGGAACCCCUUUGAAUGAAAUCGUUGGUAAAGUCGCUACUGGUGCGGGUGACCAGGUUCCGGAGAACUUGAUCUCUAAUAUCAAGGA